AUGUACGCUAAUAAAUUACAGAAUAACUAGGUAGAAUUAUUACUAAUAGCGCAAUUAGCCUAUAAUAGUAUAAAAUUAGUAAUAAUAAAGCAUUCACCGCACUACGCGAACUAUGGAUAUAAGCUAACUGCUUAUUAGGAUCUAAAGAAUAUUAAAAGUAUUGCGGUAGAAGCAGACGAUAAAGCGAAGCUUAUGCGAGAAUUGCACGAAGAAUUAAAUAUACGAAUCUACUCUAUCUUUUAUAAGAAACUUCUAGAACUAGCACCUCUAGAUACUGAGCUAGUAACGGAUAUAGAGCUUAAAGACGAUAAGUACGAGGUCGAAGAAAUUAAGGACCUGCGGAAAAUUAGUAGUUAGUGGAAGUACUUAGUUAAGUAGUAAGGAUGGCCCGAAAGCUAUAAUACUUAGGAACCUAAAGGAAAUCUAACGAACUGUAAGUUACUAGUACGUGAAUACUACUAGAAGCACC